UUGAGACCCGCUGGCUUGGACCUUGGCCGCGUCCGGCUGUCGACCCAGACCAAAGCAACUACGCAACCAACCUUUCCCUUCCUUCGCCGCGAAGUCGCCGAGUCAACUACAUCCGGCACCGGCAGCACCUACCCCCGGCUCCUCCCAAAACCCAGACAGGCUUCCUCUCGCGGCGAACCCUAAUGGUGGCGCAGGGGAUCGCGGACGCCGUGCAGGCCUACACGGGCCUCUCGCCCGCCGCCGCCGCCACCAUCCUCGCCCUCAUGCUCGCCACCUACCUCCUCGUUUCCUCCCUCUUUGUCGCCCCCGCCCCCGUCUCCGUCCCUCCCAAGCCGCCCCAGCAGGAGCAGCAGGAGGAAGAGAAGGAGCAGGAGGAGGCGGUGCCGUUCGUGUUUCCGGAGCCCGUGCAGAUGGGCGAGGUCACGCUCGAGCAGCUCAGGGCCUACGACGGCAAGGACCCCGCUAAGCAGAUCCUCAUCGCCAUCCGCGGCCAGGUGUACGACGUCUCGCGCGGGAGGCUCUUUUAUGGACCUCAGGGACCAUAUUCCUUGUUUGCCGGGCGGGAUGCAACUCGGGCCCUGGCAUUGAUGUCAUUUGACCAUAAUGACCUCACCGGGGAUUUGGAAGGCCUAAGUCCAGAUGACCUGGAGGUUUUACAAGAUUGGGAAGAAAAAUUCAAGGAGAGGUACCCGAGGGUGGGUCAUCUUGCUUGUCAAAACGCAGCAGACAGUAGUCAGAAUGCUGAUCAGCUUGAUCACGAGGAAGAGAACGCCUGACUCCAUCGGUUUGUCUUGUCAUUUGUUUUUCUUUACUGGAUUGCAAGGGAUAGAUCUGAUGCAUUACUAGGCGACGUCGCUUUCGUCUUCGUGUGCUGUUUGCCUUUGUGACUAAUGUACUUGCUGUGUCUGGCAUGUAGUGGAUAGGGGGAAUUUUGAGUGAAAAAAAAACUCGCAUCUUGAGGAACCACCCAUGUUCAGCUCAUGUGUAUAUGCGUGAUUUGUGUCAUAAUUCAUGGCUUUGUGCCUGUAACAAACAAUGAUCCUGCUGUCAGCUGAAGCACCAUAAUUUGGCACC